ACAACAAACAUGUGACAUGCUGCGACAAGGUUAAAGAUCAUUUUCUCCUUGCUGUAAAAGCUGAUCUGCCUGCAGCUGCCACAGCCUCCAGCGGUGUCCACAGUUGGAACCCACGAAGGAAGAGGUCAUCGUGAUGUCAGACGAUUUCUUAUGGUUUGAAGGCAUAGCUUUCCCUAAUAUGGGUUUCAGAUCCGAAAUCUUAAGAAAAGUACGUGAUGAGUUCGUGAUAAGGGAUGAAGAUGUUAUAAUAUUGACUUACCCCAAAUCAGGAACAAACUGGUUGAUUGAGAUUCUCUGCCUGAUUCGCUCCAAGGGGGAUCCCAAGUGGAUCCAAUCUGUGCCCAUCUGGGAGAGAUCACCCUGGGUAGAGACUGAGACUGGGUAUGAAUCACUCAGUAAAGAGGAGGGUCCGCGUCUCUUCUCCUCCCACCUCCCCAUCCAGUUAUUCCCCAAGUCGUUCUUCAGUUCCAAGGCCAAGGUGAUUUAUCUCAUGAGAAAUCCCAGAGAUGUUUUCGUGUCUGGUUAUUUUUUCUGGCAUAGCAUGAAGUUCGUUAAGAAACCAAAGUCAUGGGAAGAAUAUUUUGAAUGGUUCUGUCAAGGAAAUGUGAUCUAUGGGUCAUGGUUUGACCACAUUCACGGCUGGAUGUCUAUGAGAGAGAAGAAAAACUUCCUGUUACUGAGUUAUGAGGAGCUGAAACAGGACACAAGAAGAACUGUAGAGAAGAUCUGUCAGUUCCUGGGAAAGACGUUAGAACCCGAAGAACUGAACUUAAUUCUCAAGAACAGCUCCUUUCAGAGCAUGAAAGGAAACAAGAUGUCCAAUUAUUCCCUCCUGGGUGCUGAAUUUUUAGUGGACAAAGCACAACUUCUGAGAAAAGGUGCAUCUGGAGACUGGAAAAAUCACCUCACAGUGGCCCAGGCUGAAGCGUUUGAUAAACUGUUCCAAGAGAAGAUGACCGAUCUUCCUCGAGAGCUGUUCCCCUGGGAAUAACGUCCAAAACACUCUGGACCUUAUAUGGAGGAUGACAUUGCUUCUCCUGUCCUUGUACAUGUACCUGACUGGGGCUCAUUGCAUAAGACUUAUUAUUUUUUCCUGAAGCCUUAAGUAUCAAACCUCUGCA